AUGACAGGCUGUGAGGCUUCGCGGGAGAAGGCGGCCCCCGAAGCGGAGGGGAGCCGGAAUGUGAGCCCGGCAGGGACGCCUCAGGGGACACAAGCACCGGCGCACAACUAUACCUACCAGACCAACAGCUUACAGCGGGCGGUGUACGAUUACCUGAAGAAGCUGAAGCCGAUCCCGGAGCUAGCGGAACCAAGGAGCAUGAAAACAUAUGAAGAAGCGUCUGUGGAGGCGGUGUUGUACCCACUCAUUGAAAGGCACCAGGUGAUCAUGGUAGCUGGAGCCUUCUUUGGCGAUGAAGGAAAAGGAAAGACUGUCGACGCCGUUGCACGGCACCCGGCUUGCACAUGUAUCGCACGUGUGAACAGCGGUGAAAAUGCCGGUCAUACCGUAUACGAUGAUGCGGGACGCAAGUUUGUUUUUAAUCUGGCUCCCUCUGGCCUCCUUUCGGCGGAUAAGCGGAACUAUGUGGGCCCAGAAUGUGUGAUGGACCCCAUCAGCUUCAUGGAUAAGGAGGUAUGCCAACUGAUUAAUGCGAAGCUCCCAUAUAAGGAUCGUUUGUUCAUUGGGAACGUUAAUGUGGUAACACCUUAUCAUAAGUUGCUUGACUUGCUUGCUUCAACUCCAAAUUCCUCGACGCUGAAGGGGAUGGCCCCCGUUCACGCAUCCAAGGUGACAAAGCGUGGCCUUCGUUUGGAUCAUAUUUUUAAUGAUACCUCUGUGCUUCGUGCACGCCUUGCAAAAGACAUGGAAACGUACUUUGGUUUUUUGAAGGUGAAGGCAUUGUCAGACGCGGACGUUGUUCGACGCUGCGAAGAAGAGAACAGUGACGGUGUGCAACGAGUGCCACCCCACGUGGUGGAAUUUGCGCGCGCGCCAGACAAGGUGGAGUACCUCGUGAAACUGUACAUGGAUCGUGUGAAAAACAACAAGGAAUUCCCACCUCGGUGUGACGUGGCACAUGAGUUGCGCUCCGCACUGGAGCGUGGUGAGAAGGUGAUGCUGGAGGGGCCACAAUCGUACUGGCUAAGUAAUGCUCGUGAAAAAUUCUGGGAGAGUACCACUUCUGCUGACACCACGGCAGCUGGGUUGUUGGCUACGGCGCAAUUCAAUUUUCAGCGCUACAGCUCUGUGGUGAUUAAUGUACACAAGGCGCCGGGAAGCAGCCGGGUUGGAAUUGGGGCCAACCCCAGCAGCUUUAUUCCACAGGACUUUUUCUCGGCACAAGAGGUGAAGACGCUGCAUGAUCUUCCUGAAAACAUGUGUGUUGACUUUGACAGCAUUCAGAAACUUUUCUUCACGAAGGCGUUUCACCCAGAGAGCAAGGAGUACAAUGGGGUAUGGGAGCCGUUGGAGUUUGAGGACUCCAGCGGAAAGUAUAAUAUUGGCGUCGCCAUGGCCAUCGCUUCGUCACGUCACCAUGACGAAUGUGGCGCGGUGACGAAGAAGCCUCGUGUGUGCGGCUUUUUUGACUGCGUGCUGCACUUUGAGGUGAACGCGGUGCAAGGGCCCUAUCUUUCCAUCUCCGCCCUCGACCGCGGCGACGACUACGAGAAGCUCGGCGUCACGGUCGCCUACGUUUACUACCACAAGGACAACCGGGUGCUGAACAUCAGCGGCCGCGAGUACAAAAAUGGCGACAUCAUCAAGGCCGGUGAGGCGGUGCCAGCGGAGGCGGCGUUGUACUACUGCCACCCCAUCGUGAAGCUUAUCAAUGGGUGGAAGCAGACCCCCAUCGCGGCGUCCAAACGCAAAGCCGGCGAACCGCUGCCAAAAGGUGUCUGCGAAUUUAUCGCCACGGUGGAGCACUUUACAAAGGCCAAGGUUAUCUCCAUCGGCAAUGGCCCGAGAGGAAAGGACAUUAUUUACCUCAAGCAGUGA